AUGGGGAGCUUUGAUUUGCACCAAGAGGCACCGCUCCAGCCCACACCAUCAGGAAAACCCCAGCAGGAGGUGCAGGUGUGGGCAAGUUUCAUCACGAGGGAAAUGCCCCAUCAGACCUGUCGGAUGGGGCAUGAACGCAGGAGUGCCAGUGUGGAGGGAGUAGUGGCCAUCGUAGCCCAGCCAAAGAAGGCCAAGGAGGACACCAGAGAGGUCAGAGGUCAGAGGAUGAUUUACCCCACACCUUUACAGUACCAUCUCAUGUAUGACACAGUACCAGUGCUGCUGGCUGCCUCCAGAGCCGCUCCCAGCCUGCCCGCCCCGUGCAGACCACGUGCAGACCACGUGCAGACCACGUGCAGACCCCGGUACGGCCUGCGCUUUGGGCUCGUCUACUCUCUACAUUACGGUGAAGCCGGCAGUGAGCGACACAAUGGAUCAUCCCUGAGCAUGGAGACGCCGCUGCUGGAGCCCCUCACACCCCCCCAGUCUGUCUAA